AUAUAUGUUAGUAACACGCAAAGUGAAAAUGAAAGUGAAAGUGGUGUUUGUUGGUUAAGGUUUACUUUUGGGGAAACCAACCAACUGAACUCUCAUUCUUUUUUCUUUUUUCUUUUGUUUUCCUUCAUCACUUCUUCUUCCUCCUCUUCUUCGCUCUCUGCCCUGCUCCUUCCUGUCUUUUUUUUUUUGUUUCUCUUUCUGUUUCCCCUAUGAAAUGAUAUUCUAAAAAUGGGUGAAGGGGAUUCCUUAGUAUCACUACUUCCUUUUGACAGACACGUUGAACAGGCAGUUUUGGCAAUGAAGAAGGGAGCACAUCUUUUGAAGUGUGGAAGAAGAGGGAAGCCUAAACUUUGUCCCUUCAGGCUUUCCGCGGAUGAGAAACAUUUGAUCUGGUAUUCAGGACAAGAGGAAAGGCAAUUGAGAUUGAGCUCUGUUAUCAAGAUUGUGUCUGGGCAGAAGACUGUCAAUUUCCGAAGGCAAUACCAACCCCACAGGGAGCAACAAUCACUUUCCCUUAUUUAUUAUGCUAAUGGUGAACGCUCUCUGGAUUUGAUAUGCAAGGACAAAGCACAGGCUGAUGCUUGGUUCGUUGGUCUGAGAGCGGCGAUAUCGAGAUCUCACAGUUGCAGAUCGGUCACUGCUUUGAGGAACUGUAGUAGAGGGGCGCAAAGUUGCCUAAGCAGUCCUGCUGGUUUUAUUCGAAGAAAGCACAAUCUAGGACUUGUGGAGGACCGGAAUCAAUUUUCUCAGGUGCGAAGCUUAUGCGGAAGUCCUUCACUGUCACUUUCCGAGAGGUGUUUUUCUGAUGGCUUGUCAUACUCUUCCGAUAGCUUCUAUUCUUGGGAAUCAAAUUGGUCACAGAUGCAAAACGUUACGGAUACCUUAUUGCCGACUUCACCAUAUGUUCAACCAGACAGUGCCAAGAAGUGGGAAGUCGAUUAUGCGGCUCCUGAAUUUCGAGAGAAUACCUCUCACAGGUUUGCAACACCUACUCAUUACUCUACACAAAUACAAAAGAAUGAAGUUCUGAAGGAUGUAAUGAUAUGGGGUGAAGAGGUAGUUGGAGGAAACAUUUGCGGUGUUCAGUUGGAUGGUUUUGGUAUUCAAAGCGGGUCGAAUGUGGAUGCUUUGUUGCCUAAAUUGUUAGAAUCUGCAACAAUGCUGGAUGUGCAGUGCAUAUCUCUAGGAGCAAGGCAUGCUGCUUUAGUUACGAAACAAGGGGAAGUCUUUUGCUGGGGUGAUGCAAAUGGUGGAAGGCUCGGGAACAAGAUUAACAUUGAUAUCAGCCAUCCAAAGCUUGUUGAAUCCCUCAACGGGAUUGCCGUGCAAGGUGUUGCUUGUGGUGAGUAUCAAACAUGUUCCUUGACACAAUCCGGCGAACUGUAUGCUUGGGGUGGCGAAGUGUGUACAAGCCAAUGGUUGCCACACAAGAUUUCCGGUCCAUUGGAUAGUGUAAAUGUGCUUGCUGUUUCCUGUGGAGAGUGGCAUACAGCAGUUGUCUCUACUACAGGGAAAUUAUUUACAUACGGAGAUGGAACGUUUGGAGUUCUUGGGCAUGGGAACACACAAAGUUUGUUGCAGCCAAAAGAAGUCGAGUCUCUUAAGAGUUUGUGGGUAAAAUCCGUUGCUUGCGGACCAUGGCACACAGCUGCCAUUGCUGAAAUCAUGACAGAUCGAAACAAGCUCAAUGCUAAUGGUGGAAAAUUAUUCACAUGGGGAGAUGGCGAUAAAGGCAGGCUCGGGCAUGCCGAUAGGGACCGAAAGCUUUUACCAACGUGUGUUGUGCAGCUUAUGGAUCAUGAUUUUGUACAAGUUUGCUGUGGGGGAAUGCUGACUGUUGCACUCACUAGUAAAGGCACAGUUUACACAAUGGGAAGUGCGGUAUAUGGACAACUAGGGAACCCACAAGCCAAGGAUAAAUCCAUUACUGUUGUAGAAGGGAAGCUUAAACAAGAAUCCGUGAAGGAGAUCUCUUCAGGUUCAUAUCAUGUUGCUGCCUUGACAUCAGGAGGAAGAGUAUACACAUGGGGGAGAGGUAGUAACGGACAGUUAGGACUAGGCGAUACAGAAGAUCGACAUACACCGAGUUUAGUUGAGUCGUUGAGAGACCGGCAGGUUGAAAGCAUAGCUUGUGGCUCAAACUUAACAGCAGCGAUCUGUUUACAUAAAUCGAUCACCGUUAGUGAUCAGUCGGCUUGUAGAGGAUGCAAAAUGGCGUUCGGGUUUGCAAGGAAGAAGCAUAACUGUUACAAUUGUGGUCUCCUGUUUUGUCAUGCAUGUAGUAGCAAGAAGGUUGUGAACACAUCGUUAGCACCAAAUAAAAGCAAGCCUUGUCGCGUUUGUAAUACAUGCUUCAAUCAUCUACAAAAGAUCACAAACUCAAGCAAGGUUUUAAAGCCGGAAAAUCAAGUGGUAGGUCAAGUAUCGACACCUCAGUCUCACAGAGGUUUGAUUGAUGAGAAAGAUGGUUCAAAGAGCCGAUUGCUUUCGCUUAAGCAUUCAUCAAGUUAUGAUGAAAACCAAGAUAUUGAAAGGAAGACCUCAAAGACCAAAUAUCCAGAACUUGCUUGUAAUAUUCCAGGAGCAACAAUACCACGAUGGGGCCAAGUAUCUUGCCCUGUUGCUUUUGAAGCAGCUCAGGCUCAGAGUAAAAAAUUAGCAGCUAGCUCUCCUCUGGCCCGGAAUCAGUCCCCUUUAAUUGACCCAGAAGGCUCGAAAAAGACAUCUUUGCGAUCAAAAUAUAAUAUUCUUGAUUCCGUAGUUGUGGAGAACGAUUUACCUGAAUCAAAUGAGAUGCUUAAUGAAGAAGUUCAGAGGCUGAAAGCUGAGGCUAGAAACCUUGAAAUGCAAUGCCAAAUUGGAAGCCAAAAGAUUGAAGAAUGCCGACAGAAAAUCGAGCACACAUGGUCUUUGGCAAAGGAAGAAGCUGAAAAAUGUAAAGCAGCCAAGGAUUUCAUAAAAUCUUUGGCAUUAAGGCAGCUUCACUCAAUAACAGAGAAAUUUCCUGCAGCAAGGGAAGAGAAAUCUGUAGGAAUUGAUGUUCAAUAUCAUUCUCCUAGAACUAGAAAGGAGCCUGUAAGCACUGAGAGGCAUAAUAAUGUUGAGGGUGAGCCACAUUUACCUUGUUUGCGGUUGGAGUCUGAGAGCGAAGUUAAAUCAGCAACUGGGGAGGGACAAGGAGACAGUCUCUGCGAAACUCCUAUCGUGUUCUCUAAUAAAUCGAGAUCGAUGCGAAUGCAAGCGAGAGACAGAGACAGAGACAGAGACAGAGACAGGGUGAUGCAAGAAAAGCAAGGGACGGUGACACAAAUGGAGGUGGAGCAAACUGCAGGGAGAAGUAAUAAAGAUUCCAAAGUAAAUGAAUGGGUAGAACAAUAUGAAGCUGGGGUGUAUGUUACCUUUACUACUUUGGCAAGUGGCCACAAGGGGCUAAAGCGAGUAAGGUUCAGUCGGAAGCGAUUCACAGAUAAGGGAGCAGAGCAAUGGUGGGAGGAGAACCAGCUGAAGGUUUAUCAAAAAUAUGGAAUUGAAGAAUACUCGCAUUCAAACCAAAAGCAAUAGGAAAAUAAAGAGUUUAACUUGUAGCAUUUGUGAAAAUAGCAGAAAAGAGUUGUUAGGGUUGUGAGUUGACUAAAGAUGCAUGGAUGGGGGAGUUUAAGUUUAAGCAAGCAAGCACAUAUGCAUAUGUGUAUGUUCAUCACUACAAGUUUUGAGGAAUUUUUAAGUAGCUUAGCCCACUAGUUUUACUGUAAAAUGUAAGAGAAAUUAAUUUCCUUAAUUUGUAUUUAUUUUAAUUAAGUAAAUUAAUAGCAUCGACUUA